AUGUAUAUAAAGAAAAAGAUCUAUAGAACUGAUGAUGAUGAUGAUGAUGAUGAUGAUGAUGAUGAUGAUGAUGAUGAUGAUGAUGAUGAUGAUGAUGAUGAUGAUGAUGAUGAUGAUGAUGAUGAUGAUGAUGAUGAUGAUGAUGAUGAUGAUGAUGAUGAUGAUGAUGAUGAUGAUGAUGAUGAUGAUGAUGAUGAUGAUGAUGAUGAUGAUGAUGAUGAUGAUGAUGAUGAUGAUGAUGAUGAUGAUGAUGAUGAUGAUGAUGAUGAUGAUGAUGAUGAUGAUGAUGAUGAUGAUAGUAAUAUUCAAUGUUUUGAAUAA